AUGGACCUGGAAACAAAUCCUCCCCUGAAACCCUGCGAUUCAAUUGAUCAAGCCGCUCUCGAUGCGCACGAUCUGGCUACUUUGGGACAUGACCAGGUUUUGUCUCGGAAGUUCAGCUUAGGCAGUAUGCUUGCGCUCGGAUUUUGCGUUCUGGGCACUUGGGGCACUUUCGCUCAAGAUCUUGCUACGGGCUUGGAGAGUGGAGGUCCUGUGGGCAUUCUGUGGGGACUUGUUCUUGUCACUAUUUGCAAUCUAUGUGUUGCAUUAUCACUCGGGGAACUGUGCAGUAGCAUGCCAACUGCAUUGGGACAGGCAUACUGGGUUUAUAGACUUUGGAACACCCCGACAGGUCGUUUUGCCUCAUAUAUGUGUGCUUGGAUCAAUACCUUUGGGUGGUGGACGCUGACAGCUUCGGCGGUUGCAUUCAUGACGAAUUUCCUGCUGGGGACGAAGGUCAUGUUUGAUAACUCCUGGGCUGGCGCAUCUGAGGGUUGGGUUCAAUUUAUCCUCUACGUUGGCGUUACUGCCAUGCUCAUUGUGGCCAAUUUGGUCUCUUGUCGGAGCGACAAGACGCUACCAAUUUUCAACAACAUUAUUGGUAUUUGGUUUGCUGGGCUGUUCAUCGUAAUGAGCAUCGUGAUGGUGGUCUGCGUGGCGACCCAAGCAGAUCUAUCCUUUCAGCCUGCUCGGUUCGUGUUUAGCGGAUGGAUUAAUCAGACAGGCUGGAGCGACGGAGUCACAUGGUUUAUCGGUCUUGUCCAAGCUGCAUACGGAUUGACAGCUUUCGAUUCCGUGAUUCACCUUGCAGAGGAGAUCCCCGCACCUCGAAAGAAUGUUCCAAAAACGAUAUAUCUAUCGGUUAUUUCGGGUGCCAUCACGGGUUUUAUCUUCAUGGUCAUCUGUCUCUACUGCAUUCAAGAUUUGGAUCAGGUUUUGGAUUCGCCUACUGGACUUCCAUUCAUGGAGCUAAUCACAAGCACAGUCGGACUCAAAGGUGGUCUUGUGCUGAUGGUCUUAUUCAUUGGUAAUGGCCUUGGACAAGCAGUCAGCAUUAUGACCACCUCCUCUCGACUCACUUGGGGGUUUGCCCGGGAUGGCGGGCUACCCUGGAGCCAAUACUUUACCCAUGUUGAUACAACAUGGAAGAUGCCAGUUCGAGCCCUUUGGCUCCAGGGGCUUCUGAUUGCACUGGUAGGAGUCCUAUAUUUCGGCGUAGACACGGUGCUCCAGGCCAUUCUAAGUGUCAGCACGAUCGCACUCACAAUCUCAUACUGCAUUCCUAUUCUAUCUUUGCUGCUCGUGGGCCGUGACAAACUACCUCCCGGGGAAUUUCGAUUGGGGGGGGGUUGGGACCGAUAA